GUGGGUUUUUUAAUAUCCAACGUUCCAUGCCAGUUCUUAUCACUGAAACACGGCAUUUAGAAAGCAUGACCCUCUUUCUUGAUUGUUAACAACCAUUGAUAAUUAUCGGUAUGAUAAUCUCACCUACAUGUACAAUGGCAUGAUUACCUAACCAUGAAGCUUGAACUCGGGGUAUACCACGGGAUUUGGUAUGGGCAAAAAUAUUUUCUUCAAGGUGUGAGACAUGUACUAACAAUACCGUAGUUCUCUUUGAUAAGAUAAACUAAUCGCCUGGGGAGGGGACGCUAUCUUGAAUCAUCCAGUCACUUUUCCCUCGGACGUCAAGCAUUAAAGUCGAAAACUUGUCCGUCUCCUGUCCAGUUUUCAGAUACCUGAAAAAAUGCUGUUAAGACAGCCUGUAAACUGUGAAAGCCUCACCAUUAGUCAGCAGAAUUAGGGAAAGCAUACGUCUAUUCUUACACACAAGUAUAAAUAAUCGAAUGUCGUAUUUGCACUUCAAAACUGGCGAAGUUGAAGUCUAAACAGAUGAAUAUUCCACCAAUCUCCUUCAAAGGAUAGCCUGUAAAAUAAUUGAAUGCUACACGACAAUGAUGCGAACUACGGUAUUCUAAAAGCUUUUACCAGACCGUAAUUUAUGUCCAACUGAAUACAACUAUGCACAAAGUAGGAACAGUUCCUCUAAGAGUCACGGCUAAAUCUGUUUAAAGAUGAAGAUUUGCAAGUGACAUAUAAAACACUUCAACCGAGUGAAAAAGAACCACAAGAAGAAAUGGCAGGAAGACCACUAAACAUUGACUAUAAAGGCAUCCAGAGCAGCUGUGAGUCUGUGGAACUGAACACUGCUUUACAGAAUUUAUGCCUUAGAGGAGUUCAUGUUACAAACAAUGUAAAGUAUUUUGAAAGAUGUAAGGGUAGUGUUGUAACAAGCAAAAAUCAUGUAGUGUUUCCUCUAGGGAAUGUUUCUGAAUGCAAUGAAAUUGUGCAUUUUAGAAAGGAAGAAGAUGCUGACAAUUUUUGGCAUAUUUUGAGCAAUUUUGGAUAUAGCACAGCUUUGGCAAAUCAUGAAAGUGACUUAGAAAAAAAUCCGCCCAGUGAUCUGCAAACGUUUUAUCGUAGAUCCUCAUUUUGUGUUGUCAAUAUUAGAGAAUGGACACCACGUGUAUGCGAUUUAUCUUUAUCACGCCUAGCUAUUCGUUCUUUACAAGAUAUUGAAAAAAAAACAAAUGGGUAAAGAUGUAGAUAAGAAAUCAGCACAGGACGAUUGUAUAUCUUUUUUUAAAAUGUUCGGGACACACGUGUAUCUAACAAACGUUACUGUGGGUGGGAUAUUUUCAAUUAGCGCCCAAACCGCAUUACAGAAAGAUGAUGAUGCAGAAUCGACAAAGGACUUAGUCCAACAAGUUCACAACAAAGCUAUUUCAGACAAUUUGUUUAAAGAUACUAAGACAGGAAGUACAGGGAUUGAAGAGAAUGGAAAUGAAACGUGCACAUUGCAAAAUAAAAUUGAGACUGCACAUAGAAAACUCGGAGGACCACAGAAUACGUCCUACUUCACAGAGUGGAAAUCAGAGUUAAUGAAAAAUCCAGAGACCUGGACUGUAAGUGACAUGGGGGAAAUUUCGUUCGAAAAUUGUAUUGGAAUUUGGUCUUUGGUGAGAAAGCAUAGUAAAUAUUUCUCUAACGCAGAGGAGUUGUCGUGUUUUUUAGCACAAAUUUGGAUGGAUCAUGUUGCUCAUGGACUUCAGUAUAAUCAUGUGUUGAGUUAUUCUUGGCAGAGUUUUGUCGAACCUUUCAAUUCAAACGUAUCAGCGCCUUCUUCCGCCAGCUGGUGUCUGGAAUCCUUAAGGGAUUUACUACAGUUCUUAGAACAUAAGUUGGCUUUAGUUGGAAAGCCUAUGGUUAUUAAGGCGGUAGAUGUUUUUUCAGAGCCGUUUGUUCAGGCAUUAUUCAAAGAAAGCGCAAAGCACGAAACACCCAAAUAUAUUUGCUUUCAAAUUCUCACUACCAAAUUAAAAAUUCUGCAAAUUGACAACGGGAAAUCAUCAGUGUUUGGUGCUUCAUGGAUUGCAUCAGACUAUUUCAUUCCUGGUAUGUUAUCACAAAGGGAAGUGAAUAACGUUGAAGAGUUGUUGAAUUUGUUAGAAUCUGAGCUUUUACCGGGGAUUGGUGUUCUGCAAGUAUACCAUGAUAUUGAUCUCGAAAAAGUGCAAUCAUUAGCAAAAUCUGAAAUCAAAACCACCGUACAUAAUUUCCUUCAGAGGCUGAUAGAUAGAAAUGAAUAUCGAGAGGCCCUGCUUCUUCUCGUCAUCUUCAUAUCCAUCGGGUAUCACUUCAAGAGAGAGGAGAUCCUAACAAAUAUCACAUUUGAGCUUCUGGAAGAUUUCAUAUCAUAUGCAAAAGGAGAAAUUUCUCUGGCUAAGAAACUCAAGAAUCGGAUUAAUCGGGAAGCGUGGUUGUUGUUAAGGAUGAUUUUCAAACUUGACACAAAUUAUAGGAUAUAUGAUGCUUCCAUUGUACUUGCGGACGAAAUUAACAAAUUUGUUUGCUUUUUGAAGGAAAACAAUUUCAUAUUUCAUUCAAACAUUAAGAAUGUUAUUGAUUCAGAACACAAAAAAGAUUGUCCUCAUGGAAUUAUUCAUUCGUUAGCAGAAAUAUCCAAAUUUCCCUGUGAGCUGUUUGAUGACGAAACUAUGAAAACAGUAAAUUCUAAGAACCCAGAAAGUCGCCCUGAUAGCGGCAAUUCUGAUGCCUUACAUCAUUUGAUACAGACAUUUGGAAUGGAAAAGUUCUUUCCACAAAAACUUUCAACUGAAGAUAUUUUGAAGCUGAGUGAUGCUUUGUUGACCAGUCCAAAGACUCUGAAAGAUAUACCAUGGGCUAUAUUUCAGCAUGCGAUAGCCAUCAACUACAAUUUCAGGGAAAAAGUUCUGUCUGACUUUUUGAAAAAGGCAAAUGCUGUCCAACCAAAGAGAGGGAAGCAGAAUUCAAAAAAGAAGCACAAUCCAAUGGAUGUUUUUCUUGCUCUUUGGCAUUGUUGUGAUCCAUUUUUGAAAAAAAACCUCGCUUCAAAAAUCGCCACCUGUCAACUUGCUCUUCCUCUCAUAUACGAGGAUAUAACAUCCAGAGAUCAACUGAUGAUAUCACUUUGGCCAAUUCGUGAUAUUUUCAUUGACGACAGUCCGGAUUCUGUUUUGACCAAACCUCUAAACACUGUUAGUUUUAUAAGAGUUGGAGAUUUGAAGUCAAUAUCGAAAUCAAGAAUAAUAAAUAAACUCAUAAGGGGAGAGAAUAAUGAACAUAGUACUUUUUAUCACAGAGACUGUGCCCUGGCAUCAAAUAAACGAUUAUUUUCCAACGGACUCGUUGAAAUUACUUGGAACGUACCUAGAACAAACAAUGCUGAUGAUGAAAAUUCUACCGAAACAGGGGAAGAGUUGGAAGAAUUUCUUCAUCCAUUAUGCAUUUUGAAUAUGCGGGGAGAUGCAAAAGAUUUUAGGACCCAGCUUUUAGCGUUGCUCACACUUUCAGAUGUUGUAGUCGUCAUGUCUGAAUAUAAGAAUCUGAAAGAUGAACAAUCUCUUGAACUACUAAAACAAGUACACAGCAGUUCAUCAGUUCCAAUAAUCAUGUCAGACUUUCCAGACAUAGAAGGAAACCUAGAGGAGGAAACGGAGGAAGAAAGUGACGGGAAGGAGGGGGAAGAAGAAGACGAAAAGGACGAAGAAGACGUGUCACCCGGAGAACAUUAUGGAGAGGAUUUACAUCAUUUUUACAAAGAACAAACGGGUUUAAAUCAUCCAAACACAUUGUUUCUUUCCACUCUGGAUAUGGGAAAGACAUUAAAUGAAAAUGAUCUAAAAGAUUGCCUUACCACGCAAAUUAUAUCAGCUUUAAAGAGAAUCAAAUUUCCUGAAAGCCUGGAGAGGAAGAAAUUGUUAUUGCCAUCAUUCGUUUCAAUAGAUGAAGAUAAUGCAAACUCGAGACUUGGCUUGAAUUUAAGUGCAACAGUUUUUGCAGAUGUUGAAUUCUCAGCAAAUGUGACGCUUCGAAAGCAAAUAAAAGACAAAGUACUUCCAUUACAGGGAGAACAUUUAUGGCACACCUGGUGUAUGGAACAAAAACAAUAUUUUCGUUCAGGAAAGAAGAGUGUUUUGGAAAACAUACACCCUCAACAUGUGAUGAAGACUCUAAGAUUGUGGCAAGUGAUGUAUGGUCUGGAGACUCAAAAUACAAUUGUAAAAUUUUUAAAUGUUUUGGCAAGCCAUAUAGAUGAUAGGCGAACCAUCACGUAUUUUCUGCAAUAUAUGAAAUUCCACAUGGAUUGUCAAUCCCGACAUGUCAUUCCAAAGCUUUCCAACGAUCUUUAUCAGGCUUUCAGAGAAUAUGAAACUUUGAGAUCACAAAGUGGCAUCGACGAAAAGAAAAUAGAAACAAUGAAGUCUCAAAUUAAGAGUGCAGAGGAAAAUCUGGCUAAGGCUUCGUUCGGGUUAGAACAUUUUUUCAGAGAAAUGGGACAAAUAUACGAGUCAUUCAUGUAUUGCAAUGAUGUAAUGUUCAUUCGUGCAUCGAGUAAAACAAAACUUGUCAUAGCGAAAAUGCCACUUAUUGCUGCCAAACUUCUUUAUUGGGGUCAUCCACUCGAGAUCAUGGACGGAGAUGCGGCGUCGGUUCCAGAAUGUUGGAUUAAAGCUGUAUUCAAAGAGAUAAGAUCGGUCAUUGGAGAAAAUAAAACAGUGUAUGUUAUAUCAGUUUUAGGAAUUCAAAGUUCUGGAAAAUCUACUCUGUUAAACACAAUGUUUGGUCUGCAGUUUUCUGUUAGUGCUGGAAGAUGCACACGGGGAAUUUACGCGCAACUUAUUCCUGUUGACAAAUCCCAGUCUAGUCUCAAGUUUGAUUAUGCUUUGGUUAUAGACACAGAAGGAUUGAGAGCUCCAGAGUUAGCAGGCGAGAAGUUUAAUCAUGAUAACGAGCUUGCAACGCUUGUCAUAGGCCUAGCAGAUGUUGCACUCGUCAAUAUAAAGGGUGAGACUAUAGCUGACAUGCAAGAUGUGCUUCAGAUUGUAGUACAUGCCUUGAUGAGGCUUAAGAAUGCAAAUGAGGAAUUGAAUAUUAAACAAUCUUGCGUCUUUGUUCAUCAAAAUGUGUCAGCGUCCAAUGCAAAGAGGAGCACUUUUCAAGGUAGUCAGAAGGUUACUUCUGUCUUAGAUGAAAUGACAAAAUACAUCGCUGAACAGGAGAAAAUGGCAAAUACCACGCGGUUCACUGAUGUCAUAGCAUUUAAUCCAGUUACUAAUGUUAUCCAUGUACCUGAUUUGUGGCAAGGUAUUCCUCCAAUGGCCCCUGCAAGUCCUGAAUAUAGCAAACAGGUUGUUCAAGUCGCUAAAUGCAUUCUAGGUGACAUUUGUGAAAAUAAAACAUGUUUUCUUAAUAUUCAAAACACAAGUCUUCAUCUACAAAAUCUUUGGAAAGGAAUUCUUUCAGAAGACUUUGUAUUCAGCUUUAGAAAUGCGCUAGAAGUGAAAGCGUUUACGUCUUUGGAAAUGAAAUUUCAGAACUUUGUUUGGACUUUAGAAGAAUUGAAGUUGCAAUAUCUUCAAAACAAAUUAGGUCGGAUAGGAUGCAGCGAAACAUCAGAAAAGCUUCAAAGUACCAUCACAAACAUUAGAGCCAGUUUUCAUGAAAGCCUUCAGGAGAAAACAGAUGAAUGCGACAAAGAACUGCAAAUGUUUUUUGAUACGUCUGAUUUAAGUCAUUACAUGAUACAUUGGCGAGCACGCAAAACAGAAGAACUCAGGGCUAUUUCAAAGAAAAUAGAAACUGAAAUCGAUACGAAAAUUGAAAGCGAAAAGGGGAAAUGCGAAACUCUUUUUCAGAGUAAUGAGAAAUUUUCAUUAGUUAAAAAAGGAGUGACUAGCAAGGCAAUUGAGUUUGCAAAGUCAGCAAAAUACAAGACUGAUGAAAUGAGCAAAACAGAGGUGAACAACAAAUUUGAAUCACUAUGGAAAGAAUGGCUCAAUGAACUCGCUCCAGAAGUUUCGCAGAAUACUAUCCAGAAUAAAAUAGAAGAGAUGAAAUCACAAAUCGACAGUGAGAUCAGGAAGAAAUUCUCAAAUCAAAAGGCUCUGUAUAUGAAAAUAUCAGACAUGAAAGUUCCAUCCGCAAAAGUUUUGCCCAAGCUUAAGGACUGCAUCAAGACAAAAGAUCUGGAUGAAAAAGACAUCGAAGUAACUGGCAUUGUAGAGAAAAUGAAAUGUAUGCUAGGGAAGUACCUACCAGAAAAAAUAAAGGAAUUUCUUUCAGUUAAUGAUUACUUCAAGAAAGCAAAGGACAUGCUUGAUGUAAUGUUUACUCAGAUAGAGAAAUAUAUGGAAAUACAGAGAGAAGACGUAGAAUACAACUCCGCUCAAUUCAUUCAAGUUUUGAAGUAUAUAACAGAGGGUUUUCAUCAGCAUAAUCAUCAAAGUGGUGAUCAUGAAUUCAUGGUAACAACAACACUGGAGAUAAAGACAGUAUUGGUGGUGCAGAGGUAUGCAAUCAAGCACUUUGAGCAGCAUAUAACGAAAUAUGAGACUGACAAUAGUUUGAGAUCGAAAAUGGCAAAGUAUAAAAAUGAAGUGGAAUCCUUGUUUGUGGGUAUGUACUUUCAAACAGCGAAUGAAGAGAUAGCAACAUCGAUGAUAUCUGAACAUCUAGAAAAUGCUCUCAGGAACAAAGUACUCAACGAACUAUCACACCAAAUAUGGAAGCAAGUAACCGGUGACUUUGGGAAUCGAAAGGAACCUCUCAUAAAAGCAGUUCUUACAGAUUUGGCGCAAAAACAUAAUUUCAGUGAUUACAUCUUCUACAUUAGAAAUCCGAAAUUCUACGUGAAGUUAUGGAUAGAAAAAUACACUAACGAUGUAUUCAAUAGAAAAACCGAAAAACAUGUUUCAGAAUUUCAGCGUUGCAUUGAGACAUAUUUAGAAAGAUCAUGUGAUACUAUACAAGAGUGCGCAACGGUUGCAGGGAGUAAAAGCAAAAAAGGCGCAAAUACAACACAUUGGAAGAAUUGGAUUGACUGUUUCAAAGAAAAUCUUAGUGUGGAAGACUUCCACUUAUCUAAUGAUUCGUUUCAAACGCUUUUGGAGUUGGAAGUGGAAAAUUUUGACAAUCUUUUCAAAAAUAUUGAGCGACAAUUAAACACAUGUAGAAAGUCCCUUUUGGGUACAUUAAAGGAUGUGCAUAUGUCACAUAUGAAAUGGGGGGACACUAAUCCUUUUGAAAAAAUAAUGACAAGUCUUUGGCGUUGUGACAAGAAUUGUCCAUGGUGUUAUGAGCCAUGUGUCGUGUCAUCAUCCGAAGACAGACAUUCAUGCAAACAACAUAGACCCAGUGGUAUAGGAGGAAUACCAUGGAAAGAAACUGGGAAAUUAGUGUUCGAAUCCUGCAAUUUUAAGGUUCAGAGUGCCAUAAGGAGGUCUUGUGGGAGCUGGUGCAAAUGUGAUCCAAAAACUGAAAAAU